GGCCGCAGGACUUGAUCCGAAGAGCUCCGACAGUCCCAGAGGAGACCUACUGGAUCUCAGAGACCAGGACCAAGAGCGGGAUGGAGGAGGACAACCAGGACCCGGAGCCCCGGAGCAACAACGUCCCCGGAGGACAAACAGCAGGCUCGAGCUCUGAUAGCACCGAUGUUCAGAAACGGAGAGGAAGAGGUGGACACAAACGUCACCGCUGUCGGCUCUGUCACAAAUCCUUCACAACAUGUUGGUAUUUGAAGAUUCAUCAGAGAGUUCACACUGGAGAGAAACCAUAUAAAUGUGACCAAUGUGGGAAAGCGUUCUCUCGAUCAGGUGGACUAAAUGUCCACCAACGUGUUCACAAAAAGCAACCGAACAGCUGUGACCAACGUAAGAAACUUUUCACUACUUUUAGGAACCUAAAUGUCCACCGGCGUGUUCACACUGGAGAGAAACCUUACAGGUGUGACCAAUGUAGGAAAGCUUUCAUUACAUCAGGUAGGCUAGAAAUGCACAAACGUGUUCACACUGGAGAGAAACCGUACUGGUGUGACCAGUGUGGGAAAACUUACACUACUUUUAGGAACCUACAAGUCCACCAACGUAUUCACACUGGAGAGAAACCUUACAUGUGUGACCACUGUGGGAAAACUUUCUCUACAUCAGAUGAAGUAAAAAAGCACUGUCGCGUUCACACUGGAGAGAAACCUCACAAGUGUGACCAAUGUGGGAAAGCUUUCAGUGCAUUAGGUAACCUCAAAGUCCACCAACGUGUUCACACUGGAGAGAAACCGUACUGGUGUGACCAAUGUGGGAAAGCUUUUACUUCAUUCGGUCACCUACAUGUCCACCAACGUGUUCACACUGGAGAUAAACCGUACUGGUGUGACCAAUGUGGGAAAGUUUUCAGUACAUCAAGUACGUUAAAUACCCACCAACGUGUUCAUACUGGAGAUAGACCAUACAGCUGUGGCUACUGUGAGAAAACCUUUACUCACUCUGGUACCCUGAAACGCCACCAUCGUGUUCACACCGGGGAUAGACCAUACAGCUGUGGCCACUGUGAGAAAACCUUUACUCAGACUGGUGCCCUUAAACGCCACCAACGUGUUCACGCCGCUUCAUUUUAAACUAUCAGAGCCAAGAGAGCUGUUUUUCAUUUCACCUCCUCGUGUUGUUUUAUUAGCAAGCAUAGUGUUAGCUCAGGCAGUCAACCAAGUCAAGCUCUGCUCUCAAUCCCAGCCCUAUCAACUGACAGCUCAGCUGAUUCCUCUCUUAGCAUUUAUUGGUAAGUUGAAUAUAAGGAACGUUAUUUAAGCUGUUACAGCCUACCUGCCCUUGCUGCUGCAUCUGCAAGUAGCUCAUAAGCUCCCGACAUGAGAGAAACUGGACUGUCUGUGUACAUGCUUUAACUUACCCUGCUUCUCGUUAGUCCCAUCCAUGACGAAGAUUCAUGUCCAUUAGCCAUCUGGCAAGCCAAAUCCACAUACUCAGCAUUCGUGAAUGGCAGUGCCCAGGGUCCCUGGAAGACUCAUUAUGAAAAAAUAUUGCGUCUCCAGCCGCUGCUCCUCGAGGCCCAGCCCAGCAGCCCACUCCACAGUGGAUGAUCAUCCUGACAGCUUGUCCGGAGGCCUGUACCACAAAGCAGGAUUUGAGCUUAUCCAGGUAACUUCAGGGUUAACCCUGGG